AUUGAGACAGCGAGUCCCCAAGUGGGUCUAAGAUUCUCAAGAUGAGUCCCCGUAGAUAUUAAUUUGCUCAGAAGCUGAACGUGAAGGAGCCUGCUGAUCCCAAGAUGGCAGAAAAUGUUUUGUGGACAUUCAAGUUCAGCGACUCAGGGAGGAGCAGCGUGGCAGCGAGAGGGAGUCUGGAUAUCUCCUAACACAGAUGUGACCGCAGCACUCUCGGAAAGAGACAUCAUGCAGCCUGAAUGAGAUUCCAGGCAUGCGCACGGGACACUGAUACACAGCGGCUGAAUGGAAAAACUUUCGAAGACCCCCCUUACGUCUCCUGGCAGUGUCACUUGCUCCAGAGGGCCGAGCGUGCCGGGUUCCCCCUCUUCUAUUACUGCCCGGAUGGACAGUCAUGUGCUGGGGUACAAGGAUCUGGCUGCCCUCCCUCGUGAUAAGGCCAUACUGGAUAUCGAGCGCCCAGAUCUGAUGAUUUACGAACCGCAUUUUACUUACACCCUUUUAGAACACACAGAUACCUUGCGAAGCCGAGAGCGCUCUCUCUCUCCAAAGUCCAUAUCACCCCCUCCCUCCCCUGAGGUUUCUGCACUCUGGGCUGAAACAAAAUCUACAACUAGUGGCUCCAUUAUACAAGGGACCCGAGGAGGAACAUGCUCACCCAAGGGAGGUGUCCAUCAUUUCCACUGCCCAGAUCUGGCGGAGCCCAAUCUGUACAAGAAGCCCCCCAUCUACAAACAGAGGGACUCUGCAGCAUACCAUCGAUUAUCUGACGACCCCAUCGUUGAAUCCUCCAAGUUCCCGGCCGCGCGGCCUCCAGACCCCAAUCAGCCUGCAAAGAUUGAGACCGAUUACUGGCCGUGCCCCCCUUCCCUGGCAGUAGUAGAGUCUGAGAGACGUCACAGGAGGGAGUCUACGCAGGGGGAUGAGGAGGGCGAGGAAGGCGAGGAUGUGAGAGAGAUGAGGGAGCUGCACAUACAAGAGCUAAGCAAGAUCCAGUCCAACCUGGGAAAACUAAUAUUAAAAGAAGAAAUGCAGAAGAUAGGAACCCGGAGAAGGAAAACACGGUCCCUUCCUGACCGGACCACCAUCUACACGCCGGUGCAUGGCGGUUACGGACGGAGCAGCUUGACACGGCUGCGGUCUGCAGAGUUUCCAGCCCCGGACCGGCAGAGAGAAAGUUCAGGGUUCCAGGUAAGGUCUCCAUACACGGGGUUAUUUGUGAGAAGCUGUUCUCCGCUGGGACACACAUCCUCUAUGGCAGUGUCUUUUUAUCCUGCAGAACGGGGAAGGUCAGAGGUCACGGAUGGACCGAGGGAACUCUCUCCCGAGCAUGCUGGAGCAGAAGAUUUUUCCCUACGAAAUGCUCAUUGUGACCAACAGAGGGCGCCAGAAACUGCCUCCAGGAGUAGAUAAGACGCAACUGGAGAGAUACCUCUCCCCUGAAGAGUUCCAGCGUCUCUUCUCCAUGCCCGUGGAUGAUUUUGUGAAGCUGCCUCUCUGGAGAAGAAAUGAACUCAAGCGGAAACUGCUUCUCUUCUAAUACUGCGGGGGCUAUAACUGUCCUUUCCACAUUAGGGAAGAGCGGGGCUGUUUGACUUACAUUCGGGGAGAGAGCCCUCAAUCUCUAAGAAAUCAGAGGGCUAGGGAAGAUGACUUAGUGUUUCACAGGAGAGACCCUGUAUGACCAGGAAACCACCCCAAAGGCUCGCUCUCAGAUCAGAUACUGCUCGCCCUUCUAUAACAUUCACCUAUAUAUUCAUAUACGUCAAACUCUUCUAUAGGAUCAGUCCCUGACCAUAUUCGGUACCCUGGACCCAUCUCUAGCCGUCACCCACCUCUUUCUAUACCAACCAAAAAUGGUGUAAAAUCACGAGCACCCAUCAGAGGUUCACUCUCCGAAGGUUCAUUCUGUCUCGAGGAACCCGUUGUCUAAGGACUCGUCUUUACCUCCAUAACACUAUAUAAUUCUAAAACACAUAUUAUAUUCCAUAGCCUCUAGCGUCCUAUACCCCACGCAACAGAUAUUCUAUAUAUCUCAUAUAAUAAUCACUCAUCCUGAAAUCACCAGAAUAUUUAGCCGAUGACCACAUACUUUUUAGCAUUAACACCUAGAUAUAGAACCAGGAUACAGGCCUUGAGAUGACGACCCGUUUAGUGAGUAGAGGCCGCGGUGCUAUCUCCUGACGUUAUAAGCUGCCGGCGAUGCGUGUGUGUGUGUGCGUGUGUUCAAUGGGUGAGUGCUUUCACUUUGCCACAAAACGCGGCUCUAUCUUUAAUGACCGUCUAAGCGACAGCCGGGCAGAUCUCUCCCACGUUCACCAUGCGCCUCCGAGGGCAGUUAUUAUAGCCCCGUGCUGUGUGUGUGUGGUUUGUGACAUGCUGGAUUUUGGUACACAUGUACCCCCCUACGUCAUUCUCGUCACUCGUCCUGUCACUUCAAUGCCCCCCCCAAACCAACUCAUCGCAUCCCCUACACAUAUACGCACCCGACUUCUCUCUAACGCACAUACAUAUAUAUCAGCCUGUCACGUGACCUUUCACAACCUGUCGUUUAUGUGUCCCCCAAAACUAUUUCCUUCCCUUACGUGCCCCCCCUGAAAUAUUUCACAUACAACGCUCCGUGUACAUGUGUCCUGUGUCCCCCCCUUUGUGUGGAAGCUUUUAUUAUUAUUAUUUUUGGCUUCUGAUGUAUUAUUAUUAUUAAUAUUAUUAAAGGUAAUUGGAUAUCCUC